AUGUCGCGUCUGUUCUCCGCAUCCAGAUCAUCGCGGCCUUCCGCACUGCCCACCACAAACCCAGCGGCCUCUGGACAACAUAACGCCGACAGACCAGAUAAAGCAGAGCUGAUGUCUCCCGUUAAGAGUGGCCUGCCACCCAUGAAGCCUCAUACUGUCGUACCGCCUCCCCCAAUAUGCUCCUCUCCCGCCAAAUCUAACCCCGCAUUCCAUAAUCUCACCCCGUACCCUCAUGUUGCGCCGCCUAUAUCAACUCCACAUCCUCAUGUCACCAUCAGCCGGGUCAAGACUGCGCAUGUGCCUUCGCUAAUGCGAAUAACGGGUUUGCUUCUGCCAGUUCGAUACCAAAAUUCAUUCUAUACCGCCACUAUAACUGAUCCUUUCAUCGCGUCCGUCUCGCGUGUGGCUGUAUAUCACCAACAUCCUCUUUCAACUAUCUACGGAACAGCAUACCUAGCUGCCAAAAGCUUGCCUUCCCCUCCUUCUCCUCCAGCAUCCGGAACGGACAAGGUGAUAGGUGGCAUACGGUGUCGUCUGGAGCCGGCAAACCUCCCUUCCCCUUCUUCUACCGCCAAGGCAACUGCAUUACGGCCUGUGGUUAAUCUCUAUAUCCAAACCCUACUCCUCCUUUCCCCUUACCGUGGGACUGGGAUAGCAGCCUCCCUGUUAGACUCUCUAAUAUAUGCCGAGGAACCUGGCACUUCCAAGGACAGGUCCUCCUCUGAUGAAGGGGAACGAGAAUCGCCUCGACGGGUUUCCAAUAUGGUCAAACACUACAACAUCCGUACGGUCACUGCACAUGUCCAUGAAACCAACGAUGAGGCCUUGUCCUGGUAUAUUGCUCGUGGGUUCACAGUCGAAGAAGGCGUAAUCGAAGGGUACUAUCGUCGCCUGAGCCCCGGAGGUGCCCGGAUAGUCAAGCUAGAGCUGACUUGGGAGGACGAAGAGAGUACUACAGAUGAUAAUACCCAUACUUGCAACGAAGAUGAGGACUGGGAGAAAAUUGAGGCCCAUGACUUGACCACUGGGGAGAAAUUAGACGAUUACCAGCAAGUUAGCCGUAGCUCUAUAGAUGAGGGCGAGCUUGGGCGGGAAAAUGCUAAAAGGGUACGGAGAGGGUAA